AUCAGGCUCAAACCAGGCAGCUUAUUGCCUUUGAGGAACACAUGGUGUUGACUGAAAUAUUGACGUCGUCGACGCCAUAUCCAUUAUCUAUCCUGCUCCUAUCCAUAGCGAGUUAUCCAUGGAGGACAGCGGCGACGACCACGGCGCCAUCAUGGAGAAAUUCAUCCUGCUGCCGCCUCCUUCCUCCGACCAGCAGCAGCAGCAGCUCCCCCUGCACGGCCUCACCUUCGCCAUCAAGGACAUCUUCGACGUUGCCGGCCGCGUCACAGGGUUCGGCACCCCGGACUGGGCCCGGACGCACGCGCCGGCCGCUGCAACCGCCCCCGCCGUGCUGGCCGCGCUCGCUGCCGGCGCUACGGGCGUGGGCAAGACGGUGAUGGACGAGAUGGCCUACAGCAUCAACGGCGAGAACCCGCACUACGGCACCCCCGCCAACCCCUGCGCCCCCGGCCGCGUCCCCGGCAGCUCCUCCAGUGGCUCCGCCGUCGCCGUCGCCGUCGCCGUCAGCCUCGCUGACUUCGCCCUCGGCACCGACACUGGUGGGAGUGUGAGGGUGCCCACCGCAUACUGUGGCAUCUUCGGGCUCCGCCCUUCUCUCUUUUCUUUUUUUACAUUAUGUAUACUUCCAAAUAUUAUAAAUAAAUAUUAAUUAAACACUUUACUU